UCUAUCUCCCCCUCUAGCUACCUAAGCCCGUCUGACCCUUUACCAAAAUCUCUCUCUCUGAGAUCGGAGCCAGUCAUGUCCGACGAGGACAGACGGUUUGCUGCGCCGGAGGUCCAGAAAAAUCUCUUAUCUUGGCGAAUCCGUUCGCAUGUUGUUAUGGACUGAGGAGUACAAUCUAUGUUGAAUAAUGCAGCAAUUUGAAUCGCCAAGUGGACGUUCCUAUGGAUUAAUGGGAGAACUGAACUAUAUGCAGGAGGAAGAUAUUCGGCUAGAGGCAACACGAUCUAGAUCGUCGAAUGCUUGGAAAAGACACGGUGAUUUAGCCGAGCGUAUGUCUAGUACACUAAUGCUGGCUGCAAAAAGAAUUCAAAUUGAAGACCUCGGAAGUCGGAAGUUGUACUUCUUGACCUCAAGGUUAUUAAGAAGUUAUGUGCAUCAUUUUCAAGAGGAUGCAUUCAUUGAAAUAGGAGAAAAAUGUUGUGCAGUAGUGGAAGAAGUCAAUGGCUUUAAUAAAUUAUCUUGUAUUACCAACAUCUAUAUAUACAUAUACAAUUAUGCAUCCAGUGGACUGUAUUGAUUUAACAGGGAUUCUGACAAUGACAAUUUACGAGCAUCUACAUAAGGGAUUUGAAGCUGCACAGGCUUUUCAAACUCCAGGUAGCUCUGAAUAGAUUUUAUGCUGAAUGCUUCAUUUUAAAGUUACAGUUGCAUCUAGCUUUCGGUCAUCAUGGUAAGUUUUUCUUUAUUUGCUUCAGUGGUUUCUAAAUGCAUUUGGAGGUAAAUUCUUGGGUGUGGAAACUAUAGACCUGCAUCUUCUGUGAACUGCAGCGGUUUUAAGUUGAACUCAACCAUGAUCAGGUUGUGAUAUCUAAGUUGAUAAUGAGUCUCGUGGGUUAUUGUUUAAAUUCAUUGACUUGAAUUUUUUUAUGGCUAACAUAUUGGAUUGUGAAAUUUUAUAGAUGUUUUUUUGAAAGGGGGGCGGAUUCCAAAGAAACUCAGCAAGAAGGAUAUUUUGCAAUAUAGAGCUCAUAUAAUCAAGACAUUUGUGGAACAUAAGCAUAGUUGGAUCUCUACUAAUUCAGAGUUUUAGAAAUUUUUUUAGGGCUUAGAUUGGCCAAUUGUAAACUCUAGCUUACUAAAUCAAUUAGCUUUUUGUAUCUUUUUAUGAUGUCACUGUUAUGUACGUAUAGCUUUCCUUAAUAAAACAUUAUAUUUAUAGAUC